CAAAUAUAGAUGUCUAUAAUUGGUUCAGUCCGGAAGUCUGUGGACUUUGAAAUCAAGGCCGGUCCGGACCAAAAAAAUGACAUUUGUGGACGUUAAAAUCAAGGCCAGGGCCAAAUUACCAAACGUCUAUGUCUUUUCAACGUCCAUGGACUUCUGUACUCACUGGGUGUAUAUCUUUGGUUUCACCAUGCUCAACAUGAUGGUGGACGGCUGCGAUUUACGAUGUGUUUCCAUGACCAAGUUUGAUUUCAUUCACUUCUGGGCGUCAUCGAUUCAUAUUCUAUAGCUUGUGUUUAAACUUAACUUUGAUCAAAAAGACGGGGAAAAUGUCAGAUGACAACAGCACACACGAUCUCAACAUGACCGCAUGUGAAGGAAUUAACCUUCGUUUUACGCACAGAUUUUUACCUGCUGUGUUCAUGCUGGUGUUUGUCGUCGGGACAUUUGCAAACUUCUGUGGGUUAAAAACUGUUUGUACAAGCUGGAAGAAAAUUGGGAGUAUAAACAUAUUCAUUCUCAACCUUGGAAUAGCUGACUUGCUGUACUUAUUUACCUUACCAUUUUUGGUUGUCUAUUACGCGCUAAACAGUAAAUGGAUAUUUGGACAAACAUUCUGCAAGAUCACCAGAUUCUGCUUCAAUUUGAAUCUCUAUGGCAGCAUUGGGUUCCUGACAUGCAUUAGUAUCUAUCGAUACCUCGGUAUUGUGCACCCAAUGAAAGUGAUGGGAAAAAUCCACACUCGCCACUCCGUGGCAAUAAGUUUUAUUGUCUGGAUUUUGGUUUUCAUUCAGAUACUUCCUGAUAUGUUCUUUGACAAGACAGCGCAAAAUUCCUCAUAUUCGUGCUAUGACUCGACAGCCGACGACUUUAUCAAGGAUUACCUUCCGUACAGUAUUGGCUGGACCAUUACCGGAUUCGUUAUACCAUUACUGAUCAUUCUGGCUUGCUAUGGACAUAUAGUAGUGGUCCUUGCCACCAAAGCCAAUGUCAAUACUUUGUUGAAACAACGAUGUCUAAAACUAGUCAUCAUCUUGACUGUGUUGUUCUCAAUUUGCUUUAUCCCUUACCAUGUGUUGAGAAAUCUAAAUUUGAAAAUAAGGAUUUUGAAAAUGGAAGGCACCUGCAAAGCAAGCUUCGAUGAUAUUUAUGUUGCUCAUCAAAUCAGCCGCGGUCUGGUUUGCAUGAAUAGCGCAAUCAAUCCGUUAAUUUACUUAGUUGGAAAUGAUGAUUUCAUCAUGCGUUUUCAUAAUCUCAGCAAACAAGCCAGGAUGUCUCUUGUUCAAUGGACUGGUGCUGUGAUUUACCGCAAUACACCUGAGGCAGAUCCAGCAACAGAAGAAUCUUAACCAGUAAACUUUGACCAGCUAGUUAUUUAAAACCAAAACUUGACUGUCAGCUAUUCUAGUAUUUGAUGUUGUCUACGCCAUUAUUGUACCAAAGGCCUGUAAGUAUGUAAAUAUGCUAUUCUUUACACUUUAUGUAUCAUUCUCAGAGUAUUUUAUUGUGUAAACGUGAGAUCCUUUUUGUGGUUGAAUGCCCUUGUGUAAAGUGAAAUAAUGUGCCAUUCAUUUAGUCAGUGAUAUGUAGGGCUAACUACUGGUUUCCAGAACUAUCUUAGAUAAAAAUGUGUAAAUACCCGUGUGUAAAGUGAAAUACUAUUCCAUUCAUUUAGUCAGUGAUAUGCAGGGCUAACUACUGGUUUCCAGAACUAUAUUAGAUAAAAAUGUGUAAAUACCCGUGUGUAAAGUGAAAUACUAUUCCAUUCAUUUAGUCAGUGAUAUGCAGGGCUAACUACUGGUUUCCAGAACUAUCUUAGAUAAAAAUGUGUAAAUA